GUGAAGCCACAGCUGGAAGAGAAAGACAAGAAGCCGUAUCCAGUCUUUGUAGCCAUACAAUAUAGAACUCAGUUGGUUGCUGGAACAAACUACUUAAUUAAGGUCUCUGUCAGCAACAGCAACGAUGAGUGUGUACACUUGAGGGUGUUCCAAAGCCUUCCUUAUAAGAAAGAGGAGCCCAGUCUUACCCGCUACGAGACUGGCAAAACCAGAGAUGAUCCAUUGGAGCCAUUUUGAAUGAGAUGCUUGGGAUGGGCUCUUCUGUUGCUCUUUCUACAGACUCCCAACUGAUACCGCCUUUGCCAAUACAUUAAUGAAAAUAAAAUGAAUCUGAUUUUGAAAACUAA